UGGGCCGGCUCCUAGUCGGUACAGUCACUGCGCAGGCGCGGGAAAGUCGCCCUAAGGAAAGUUUAUACAAGCUCAGUGGAGGAGGCGGCGGCGGCGGGGCCCGGGACCAGGUGCCUCCAUGGCAGGCUCUGAAGAGCUGGCGCUCCGGGAGGACACCCUGAGGGUCCUAGCUGCCUUCCUUAGGCGGGAUGAGGCUGCCGGCUCGCCCAUUCUGACCCCACCCAGGAGCCCUGCCCAGGAGGAGCCGACAGACUUCCUGAGCCGCCUUCGAAGAUGUCUUCCCUGCUCCCUGGGGCGAGGAGCAGUUCCCCCUGAGUCCCCUCGGCCUUGCUCCCUGCCCCUCCGGCCCUGCUAUGGUUCAGAGCCUGGCCCAGCUACUCCAGACUUCUACGCCCUGGUGGCCCAGAGGCUGGAACAGCUGGUCCAAGAGCAACUGAGAUCCCCACCGAGCCCAGAAUUACAGGGUCACCCACCCACAGAAAAGGAAGCCCUGCUGCGGAAGCUGGUGGCCUUGCUGGAGGAGGAGGCAGAAGUCAUCAACCAGAAGCUGGCCUCAGACCCUGCCUUGCAGCGCAAAUUGGCCCGCCUCUCUGCCGGCUCCUUCAGCCGCCUAGUGGAGCUCUUCUCAAACCGAGAGGGCAGCCCUGGCCCAAGCCAAGCACGCCCCUCGAUGCCGUGCCCUGGGCCACCGCCGCCUUCCCCGGAGCCCCUGGCCCGCCUGGCCCUGGCUAUGGAGCUGACCCGGCGCGUGGCCGGGCUGGGGGGCACCCUGGCUGGACUCAGUGUAGAGCAUGUGCACAGCUUCGCACCCUGGAUCCAGGCCCACGGGGGCUGGGAGGGCAUCCUGGCAGUUUCACCUGUGGACUUGAACUUACCCUUGGACUGAACUCUGCCUCAGAAGCUGUUCCGAGAUCGGACCUCAGGUCUCUGCGCUCUUUUCCCAAGUCUCCCUGCUCCACUCAGGGCUGUGGGGUGGCGGCUGCCCUCUCUGUUUUUGCCAAAAAAAAAAAACCAAAAACAAAAAACUGUUUAAAACACUUUCAUAUUAAAGACUUUUUCAAG